AUGCGUGGCAAGGCGCGUCGCAAGGCCGAGGAGCGGGCGCCUCUCACCACGCCCGCUUCCAUCUGGGAGCUGCUGGGCAUGUGCCGCGCUGCCGCUGUCGAUCCUGAGGCCCGGUCGGAAGGCUACGGCCUCGCCGGGCUGCCGCUGCAGCGCGACGCGUGGCGCUUCUACAAGCUGCUGCUGCCCAUCGCCCUGCUCGGGCCGAUCCUCACCUGCGUGAUGAUGCUCCUCGUCCUGCCGCACUAUGUGGCGGACGUGAUCCGAGUCAUCGACACAGUCGUGGAGAGCGUGCUGACCUCGCCCUUCCUGUGCAUCAUGCUGAUCGCGGUGCCCGCGGUCGCGGGCCUGGUCAUGAACGUGCUCAACAUCGGCGCCCUCCUCCUGCGGCUCCACCGCGGGCUGCAGCCGGCGCCCCUGCCGCCCAGCCUGGCCUGCUGCGAGCUGCUGCACGUGGUUGUCAUCCCUGCCUACAAGGAGCCGCUCGAAGUGCUCCACCGCACGCUCGACUCGCUGGCGUCGCAGACGGUCACCAGGGAGCGCGUCGUCAUCCUCUUGGCGCUCGAGGACGCGGACAGGGGCGCGUCGGCCACCUUCGAGCACCUGCGUCAGCGCUACAAGGGCACCUUUGCGGGCUUUUGGGGCACGGUGCACACGUUGCAGCCGCACGAGGAGGCGGGCAAGGCCUCGAACGUCAACACGGCGGUCCGCCUGCUCUACGAGUCGAUCGUCGUCGACGGGAUCGACCCAGAGGCCGUGAUGAUGACGGUCUGCGACGCAGACUCGACCUUUGCCCCGCGGUUCCUGGAGCACCUCGAGUGCGCCUUCCACCGGCAGCCCGACGGCAAGGACUUUCUCUACGACAGCCCGCUGAACACCCCGCUGAACACGUGGGGCAACUUCCUCGACAAGCCGUUCAACUGGAUCGUGCUGCACCACGAGCUCAAGCGCUGCCUGGCGCACACGUCCACCAUGUUCCUCGGCAGAGCGCCUUGCUACUCCAACUACAGCCUCACCCUGGCCCUCGCGCACAAGAUGGACUACUGGACGGUCGACAACGUGCCCGAGGACAUCCACACCUACAACAAGGUGUCGCUCAUCAACCGGGCCGCCUUGCCGACGGUCCCCGUCUACUCGCUGAUCGUGAACGACCUCGUGCCCGGCAUGUCCGAUCGGUUCGUGCAGGCCAAGCGGCACAGCUGGGGCAUCACCGAGGUUCCGUGGCUGAUGGCGAUCUACGGGCACCCAAAGGUCGAGUUCCGGACCUGGCUUGGGCUGCUGCUGCAGAGCCUGUCGACGGAGAUCAUGGCGGCCAGCCUCCCCGUCAACAUCACGCUCUUCUUCCCCGUGACGUGGCAGAUCGUGCUGGGCAUCGCGCCCCUCGCCAGGUACUUUCUCCUUGCGGUGAUGAUCUACGCCUUCGUCUUGAGCGCGGUGGCCGAGAACAUCCUGCUCUUCUUCGUGUGGUACGUGCUGCUGCGCGACCACCCGACGAUCAGGAAGCCGCGGGUGCUCACGCUGGACCUCCAGCCCGAGGGUCCCUCGCUCGCCGGCCACCUGGGCGAUUGGAGCCGUGUGACUAAAGGGGCCAGCGGGAACCGGGAUGUUCUCUGUGUCACACGCUUUGGCGUUUGGGGGGAUGCGAAAAGCUACACAGUGUUCGUUUUUGGGCGCUGCCUCACCCACGCGCCAGCUCGGCCGGCACUGCUGAGCAACCGCGUGCAGGUCCCACGCAUCCUCGAAGCACACAGCAUGAACAGCGACCUCUAG